CUCCCAUUACAGCCCCCACUUCAGCCCACACUACUGCUCCCACUUCAGCCCACACUACUGCCCCCACUUCAGCUCACACUAUCGCCCCCACUUCAUCGCUCGCUUUUGCUCCAGUCUCACAGAAGACACUAGGUGAACCCCAAUCAUCCGCACAUACCCCAACACCCAGUUCUGAAACAGUAACUGCUGCAUCUGCAACUACAACUGAAGCCACAGCCCCUUCUAUAGGGAAAACGGAUGUUGUGGAUCAUUCACCUGCCCAGUACCUCCAGCAACUCCGUUGUCUUUUUGAUCGAAUUUCGAAUUUGAGGACCUCCAUUGAGACAGGGCAAGCUGACAUACUAGAUGAUGUUGCCAGGGAGUCGCACACUGAAAAGCUAAAGGAGACAAAACGCCAGGUUUGCGGGAUCCAGGAAAGUUUGACCAAGCUGGAGAACAAGAAGGAUGGUGUCAUCUUACAAGCCAGUCAGGAGAUGGCCAGUAGAAUCAGGUCCCAGUUGGAGGCAGUCCUGCAGGAGUGGUCCAAGCUCAGCGACAUACACACCGCCAUUCAGAAGCAGUGGAACCGGAUCAAGGACCAGUGGAGGGUUCUGCAGACAGGACUCAAAGAGUUGACAUCCUGGCUAGAGAAAGCAGAGAACACUCUAGCCCGUGCUAAAGAAGCCCCCCUGGAACAGAGAAAAACUCUAAAUGAGGACUUAGAGUCAAGCUUGUGUGAGCAACAAAGUACCCUUGCCAAGGUAAACAGUGCCUUAGAAGAAGUUGUCCAGAAUGCCUCAGAAGCCAACGCUGACAGACUCAGGGAUAAUCUGCAGCACUUCAACUGUCGGUGGAAGGCGUUGUGUUCAGAUGUCCUGGCACAGCAUAAAAACAGUGAGAAUAAAGAUGUAACCACCCAGCCAGCAGACUUCUCUCAGGAGAUGGAUGAUCUUUACUCCUGGAUUGAUGAAACAGAAAAUCUGAUUGGUUCCAGUCUCAGGCCAAGCAGUUUGUACCUGGAGGAUUUAUUGGAGAAGAUCAAGGACAAAAAAGAUGAAGUUGCUGAUAAACAGGCCAGUCUGUUCUCUGUGAACAGCAGUGGAAGUAAACUGUUGCACUCACCCAUAGUUACUGAUGAAGAUCGGGCGCACAUUCAGCAGGAUAUAGACAGCCUCAAUGCCACAUGGGAUAAGGUGACCUCUGAUUUCCCAGAAAAAAUUCGCUAUAUUGAAGAGGAAAUCAAGAAGGUUCGAUACUUAAAUGAAGACAUAGAUGCUAUGCAAAAGUGGAUUGUGGGAAUGCGUGCUGCUCUUGAGAGACAAGCAGGCCAAGCAUCUCAGCCUGAUGAUGAUGAUACUGAUGAUGAGGAUAAUGAUGAUGCAAGGAUUGCUAGCAGUUUCCAGAUAACAAGUGAUGCUAUAGAAGCCCAACAAGCAAAACUAAAUCAGAUCAAUGCCUCGUUCCAAAAGCAGAUGGAACUUUGUGGAGGCCAGACUUCUGAUGUUGUUGACAGCCUUCAGAUGAAAAUUGACAGGAUGAAUGCUGACUUUGAACAAAUCAAAGAAAUGGUCAUGAAAAUUACCAGUCAAGGAAAGGCAGAGAAAAAUGAAGUUAUGGAACAAGUAACAGUCAGCCAAGCUCAAACAUGCACGGAAGCCAAACCUUCGGCAGUUACAGUUUCAUGGCCGGAGUUUGAGAAAUCUCUGAAUGACCUCCACUACUGGCUGUCUGUUCUGGAUCACAUGAUCAGGUCACAGAAAUGCCGAGUGGGCAAUGUCAAGGAUAUUCAUUGUAAAGUUCAGACUUUAGAGUAUGGGCCCAUACUAACACUGCCUACUUCUGUUGACCAUCGGUCGGGUUCACUGAGGCAUGAGAAUGAAGAUGGUUUGUUGCCCAACUCACAGCAUGCCGUAGAGCCUGUUGAAUCACAGGAACCUGUCAGGGACCUCAGGCUGUCUGAGACGUACUUCAAAGAGAUGACAGGCAAGAAAAGUCAACUAGACCAAGCUGUGGCCACUUCUACAGAACUGCAGAAGUCCAUCAGUGAUGUGGAGGACAAAAAAGCUCUGGCGGACAAAAUGGAGAAACUGAAGCUAGACUGGGAACAAGCUGUCAAAGAUGUGACACGUCAGAAGCAUGAGCUGGACAAGAUGUUAGAGGAAUGCACACAUUUUGACCAAUCGUAUGCAGAGUUCGAACUGUGGCUUGGUCAGACUGAGUGUCAGAUGGAUGCGCUGGAGACCGAGCUUGAAAGCAGUGAUGUCAUGUCCAAAUAUGAGCAUCUGCAAGAGGCUAUAAACAGACACAAACAAAUGGUUGACAAUUUGAGACAGAAGGCAGAGAAGUUGAUUGAAGACUACCCGAACCAUGACACUCACCAGAUGCAGUUAACACUACUGAGACUCACAAACAGGUGGUCAGUCUUGCUCAACAGGCUUCAGGAUCAAAAGGGCCUGCUUCAGACAACCCAAGAUGGCAGGCAUUUCGAGACAGCUCUUCUAGAGUUUGAGAUUUGGCUUGAGAUGGCUGAGAAAUCUGCCCAGUCUCUGGCUGAACUCUCAAACGGUUUCGACUUUCGCAAUGAAGAGCCAACCAGAGAGUUGCUGGAGAAAUUGGAG